AUGAACAGAAUGGGAUCUUUUCACUAUCAUGCAAUUUGCAGAAAACAAUCUAAGCAUAAUAAUAGAUAUUUUGGAGGCUUAGCAGUUUUGAUUAAAGACAAAUUAAAACCAUAUAUUAAAAUGUUAAAUAAUACAAACCCAGAUUAUCAAUGGGUACUUUUGCAAAAGAAUUAUUUUGGUUUUACAGAAGAUCUGAAUAUAUGUUUAGUAUAUUUUCCACCUAGUUGUUCAGCAUACACCCAGCGACUCGACCAAGACAUUCUAGAUUGUAUUGAAAAUGAUAUCUCCACAUUUCAAAAACAAGGUAAAAUUUUACUCUGUGGAGAUUUUAAUGCUAGAGUUUCAUCGGAGCCUGACUUUAUUGCUAAUGACAGUAGUAAAUUUAUCCCAGUAAAUACUGAUUAUACAAUAGAUAAAGAACUUCUCACUAGAAAAAAUCAAGAUAAAGUUUUAGAUACUAGGGGAAAAGACCUAUUAGAUUUAUGUAUAAGUAAUCAACUGAGAUUUUUAAAUGGAAGAGUGCUGGGUGAUAUGUUUGGUACAUAUACAUGUCAUACACCAAACGGGUCUAGUACUGUUGAUUAUGUUAUUCUGUCGGAGAGUAUCCUGGACCAAAUCUUGUAUUUUAAGGUCUCAGAUUUUAUACCAACAUUGUCAGAUACUCAUUGUAAACUAGAAUGGGAAAUACUUGCUACAUAUAAGCAAGAAAAUCUAUUUCAAGACAAAAAUACACAUCCCUUGUCACCUAAUUUUAAAUGGGAUGAUGAUUCGGCUAAUAACUUUCUAAUGGCACUGGGUUCUGCUGACAUUCAAACCCAAUUACACAAUUUAAACAAUAAGACAACACACAACUCACAAAUCUCAGUUGAUGACACAUGUCAAGAGCUAAACAAUCCAAAACUAUACUGGAACCUUAUAAAUGACUUGAAGGACACCAAAAAACAUGAUGAAAAUUAUUCUACAAUUGAUUCAUCUACAUGGUUUUCACAUUUUCAAAAUCUGAAUACUUUACAGGACAAAUUCAAGGCACGCCUGGAAGAAUUACAAAAACAGCUAGAUAAAUUAGAGACAGUAAAAUGCUUUAAUGAGCUUGAUAUUUCCAUAAAAGACACUGAAAUAUCAAAAGCUUUAGCUAAACUAAAACCUAACAAAAGUCCAGGGAUGGAUAACAUCUCAAACAAUAUGUUAAAACAUGGUCAAUCAAUUCUAUUACCUAUUCUUAAAAAACUUUUUAACACUUGUCUUUCUUCUGGAAUUAAUCCCAAGUGCUGGAGUGAUGGUUACAUCUCAACAAUUCACAAAUCUAGUGACAUUACAAAUCCUAACAAUUAUAGAGGAAUCACAGUGACCAGUGCCAUUGGAAAAGUGUUUAAUAGUGUUCUAAAUAGUAGGUUUGAUGAUUUUUUAUUGAAACAUAAAUUAAUUCAUGAAUGUCAAUUAGGUUUUACAAAAAAAGCUAGAACUUCAGAUCACAUGUUUAUUAUUAAAUGUAUUUUUGAUAAAUACUGUAAUUCAAAGGAUGGAAGAGUUUAUGCCUGCUUUGUGGAUUUUCAGAAAGCUUUUGACACAGUCAUUCAUAUUGGUAUUAAGUUGAAAUUACUAUCUGCGGGCGUGGGUACUUCAUUUUAUAAUGUUAUUAAACACAUGUAUGAAUCAAGUAAAUCUUGUGUUAAAAUUCAAUCCAGAGUAACAGAUUUUUUCCAAAUAAAACUUGGAGUUAAACAAGGGGACAAUUUAAGUCCCAAUCUAUUUAAGUUAUUUAUAAAUGACUUGCCAGAGUAUUUAAAAGAAAGUGAAGACCCUGUAAUACUUAAUGAAAAACCAGUUAACUGCUUAUUAUAUGCAGAUGAUUUGGUCCUUUUAUCAACAUCUGCUAAAGGAUUGCAAACAAGACUAAACAACCUAGAAAAAUAUUGUAAAGAUUGGUGUUUAAGUAUACGAGGAGGAUUGUUAGAGCUUUUAAGAUCACAAUCCUAG